CGGGAAGGAAAAGGUCAGUGGCGACGCCGGCGGAGGGGGAGCGGAAGGUCAGGGCGCCGCGGAGCGGAAGUGGGAGCCGGAGCCCGUCCGCCAUUGUGGGGAAGCGGAGCCCGGAGCAGGGGGGGAAGCGGCGCUGCGUCCGGCCGGCCGGCUCCUUCCAGCGGGAAACCCGAUCGGCGGCGGUGGUGGCAGCGAGCACAGGCAGCGGCGACAAUCAGGCUGCGGCGAGGAGGAGGCAGAGGCGGCGAGCGGCGCGGCGGGCGGGCGGGCGAGCGGCCCCGGCGUGCGGAAUCACUCGAGGCCCAGGCAGAGCGAAGCGAGGGGAUCGCGGCUCCCCGUGAAGAAUGUCAGCCACCAGCGUCGAUCAGAGACCUAAAGGACAGGGAAAUAAAGUUUCAGUACAGAACGGUUCGAUUCAUCAAAAGGAUGCAGUAAAUGAUGAUGAUUUUGAGCCAUAUCUAAGUAGUCAGACAAAUCAGAGUAACAGCUAUCCACCAAUGUCAGACCCAUAUAUGCCUAGUUAUUAUGCUCCAUCCAUUGGAUUUCCAUACUCUUUAGGCGAAGCAGCGUGGUCAACUGCAGGUGACCCUCCAAUGCCAUACUUGACAACUUAUGGACAGAUGAGUAAUGGUGAACACCAUUACAUACCCGAUGGUGUGUUUAGUCAACCUGGGGCAUUAGGAAAUACCCCUCCAUUUCUUGGGCAGCACGGAUUUAAUUUUUUUCCUGGGAAUGCAGACUUCUCCACGUGGGGGACAAGUGGAUCUCAGGGACAAUCAACGCAAAGCUCUGCUUAUAGCAGCAGCUAUGGCUAUCCACCUAGUUCUCUUGGGAGAGCCAUAGCAGAUGGACAGGCUGGAUUUGGCAGUGAUACUCUGAGCAAGGUGCCUGGGAUUAGCAGCAUUGAGCAAGGCAUGACUGGACUGAAAAUUGGUGGAGAUAUGACGGCUGCUGUAACAAAAACUGUAGGUUCAGCUCUGAGCAGUACAGGUAUGACAAGCAUUGCAGCAAAUAGUGUGCCCCCAGUUAGCAGUUCAGCACCUAAACCAACCUCAUGGGCUGCCAUUGCACGGAAGCCUGCUAAACCUCAACCGAAACUCAAGCCUAAAGGUAACGUGGGCAUUGGGGGCCCUGCUGUACCACCACCACCUAUAAAACACAACAUGAAUAUUGGAACUUGGGAUGACAAAGGGUCAGUGGUAAAAGCUCCCCCAGCCCAACCAGUACUGCCUCCUCAGACUAUAAUCCAGCAGCCUCAGCCAUUAAUUCAACCACCACCACUGGUGCAAAGCCAACUGCCUCAACAGCAGCCUCAGCCACAGCAGCCACAACAGCAACAAGGACCUCAGCAGCAGGCCCAGCCUCACCAGUUGCAGCAGCAACAGCUGCAAAACCGCUGGGUAGCUCCUCGCAAUAGGGGUGUGGGCUUUAGCCAGAACAAUGGAGCUGGGCCUGAGAACUUUGGUUUAGGUGUUGUACCUGUCAGCUCCUCACCUUCUGGUGUGGAAAUGCACCCAGUGCUGGAGAAACUAAAGGCCAUAAACAACUACAAUCCCAAAGACUUCGAUUGGAAUCUGAAGAAUGGACGUGUGUUUAUAAUCAAAAGUUAUUCAGAGGACGAUAUUCAUCGCUCCAUUAAGUACUCUAUCUGGUGUAGUACUGAACAUGGUAAUAAGCGUUUGGAUGCUGCUUACCGGUCCCUGAAUGGCAAAGGCCCACUCUAUUUACUCUUCAGUGUGAAUGGCAGUGGACACUUUUGUGGAGUGGCUGAGAUGAAGUCUGUUGUGGACUACAAUGCAUAUGCUGGUGUCUGGUCUCAGGAUAAGUGGAAGGGGAAGUUUGAUGUCAAAUGGAUCUUUGUCAAAGACGUUCCUAAUAACCAACUGCGGCAUAUUCGCUUGGAAAACAAUGACAACAAACCGGUUACCAAUUCGAGGGACACUCAAGAGGUACCCCUAGAAAAAGCCAAGCAAGUGCUUAAAAUAAUUGCUACUUUCAAGCAUACCACCUCAAUCUUUGAUGACUUUGCACAUUAUGAGAAGCGUCAAGAGGAGGAGGAAGCCAUGCGUAGGGAGAGAAAUAGAAACAAACAAUAACUAUACGGCGAUGUCCUGCUAGAAUUACAACACUAAUGAUGUAGACUCUGGAAAUGCCUAAUAUGUCUAAGAAGACGUUAUUAAAGCUUUUUUCUGCUUAAGGUGACAUCUUUGAACACUUUAACACAAAAUUGACUCUUCUUGUAAUGGUUCUCAUCAGUGCAUCUGCCCUUAUACUCUCUCACCAAACACACUUGAGAACUGUACCUUCGUCAAGCACUUUCUGUCCUGAAGCUUUUACCAGUAUCUGCUGUCUUUUGUAUUUAUGCAUCCUAGCUAAGGCACAGGAGACCGAACGAAUGCAAGGAUUCAUUAACUCUUUGAAUUUAUUAAAUACUAACAUUUAACCAUUAGAAGUGGUUCAAUGACGUGAGAUUCACAUUGCUUCAACUUAAUUUUUUCUUUGUUGUAGUUUUUUUAAUUGUCAGUUUUUAGCUAUUCAACAGAUUAAAAGCAAAUCAUGCCAUAUUUAGUCCUGGAGUAAAACUCAAGUCUAAAUGUUCAUGUGAAAAUUAUUGUAGUAAUCUUUUAAUAUGGCAAAGCAACUUAAAGCUGCAGUUUAGCCAAAUGAAACGUAACAGAAUUAUAUUAGAAUGACAUUUCCCUCGUUUCAAACUGUUUGGUGUAAGAGAAUAUUAAUAUGCAGCUUGGUGGACACCACCAGUUAAUGCACAUUUCUUUCUUUCUUUUUUUUUUUUUUCCUGUAACAUGUAUACUGAAAAAAGUGCAUUUGUCUGAGGAACUGUUUGUUUGCUACCACUCAAUGAAUCUCAGUUUUGAGUAAAUGUACCUCAGUCUAAGUCAGACUUUUUAUGACCUUUAUAACUACAUUUAAAAUAAUCUUUAAUUCCUAUUUCUGGGUGUUUGCAAGCCUGACAGAUUGCUAUCAUGAAAGUGAAAAUUUACUCCUCUAGGUGAUUCACUAGCUAAAUAAACAUAAUUCUUGUUUAGCAAGCAUAUACUCUGUUUCAAAUUUUUUUGUUUCAUUCUCCCAACAUCCAGGUGUUUUUUCCCCUAUUCAGAAGUAUUUUGAGAAAAGUACUCUGAUCUAUGGAGAUGAUGUAUUCAUAGCCAUGUUAACAUGAAUUUCAUUAGAACCAUGCAACAAGAAUUUUAGAAUAUGUAUUAAACUGGGUAAUUCUAUAUUAGUUUUUGACUUCUUAAAAUUAUAUCUUUUGUUCCAGUUUAUAUAGCAACACAUUCUAUCUGCUGGAGGAGAGUAUUAAAAAAUGUUAAGCGGGUGUAUUGACUGUACAAAAUACUGAACAGCCUGUACCAAACUCCAGGGAUAGCUUUCUCUUUUUAGAACAGCAGUGUAGAAGUCAGAUAUGUUAUAGCUUAAAAUAGCAAUACCACAUAUUAUUUGAACAUGUUUCAUGUCUUACUGACCAACACAGAUGUUUAUAUUGUGUUUCGAGUCCUUCAUUUACAUAUUCUGGCAAUCAAAGUUCUGGAGCUUAAGUGGCAAAGGUUUCUUUUGAAUACAGACUAUUUUACUGUAUUUUACUUUCUGUUUUCUUAAGCCCCUUGCACUCUUCCAACCUUGCGAACGCAAAAAGUUCAAUACACACUUUUUUAAUGCUCAUUAUUUAAAAAUAUUGUUUGAGACCAUGGAGUAGCAGAUGUGAAUCUUAAUUUUUACUACCAAUUUUCUGGAAGUUUGAAAGGGAAGCUACUCACGAAUUUUGGAGAAAGAAGCAAUCUGAAAUGUGUAUGUGUAACGAAUAACAAGUGGGGUAAGUGAGGGAUAAGCAAAGUGUACAGUCUAAGACAAGACUAGGAGAUAAAGGUUUUGAGCCCAAACCCCGUGAAAGCUGGCUUGAGCCCAAAAACUGCUGCUUCCAUGCAUAUCUGGUUUUGACUAACAGGUUUUCUAGCUAUUUAUUUUCCUCUGUUGGCUGAUUUGUAGAUUUUACUGCCUCUGAUUCUGUCAUUGAUCAGUUAAGUGGCAAAGGUCAAUAUUGUAAGUCUAAAGAAUGUAGUCCUUUUGAUGAUCCUUCAAGGGAUCAGCAUGUUUCUUCUUCUUUGUUACAAAAAUAUCUUAUGAAAAUGCACAGAAGUUUCCAGUUAAAGGAAAGCUACUGUUGGAGUCAGGCAUUCAAGAAUUGAUUGCAUGUGCAACCUUAGUUUGCUUCUGCUGCAGUAUUCAUAUUUUUGCAGGCUUUGUUGGUAAUUCCUACUUUACCCCUUGCCUCUUUUAUUCUAAUAGCAUGAACAUUGCUCUUGGAUUGAAUCAGGUUUAGUAUAAAAUGAGUUCGUCACUCUGCAGACUUCGAAAGCUUGGAAAAUGAGACAGGAUUGUGAGAGAAGGCUGUGAUCACAUUUAGAGAGCUGUGACAGUUCUUACACUGUUCAGGAUUGUUAGCAAAUCCACAAAUAGAAGAGUUUCAUUGCUGAUGGUGUUAGUCAUGUUGCAGCUGAUUUGCUGACUGCUGAGAGUUUAGUAUAUGCAGCUGAAAUUAAAAGGAAUUUUUAUGUGCAUAUAAAGUACUGUAAAAAUAGUUUAUAACGUUGUAAAAUCAACUAUUGAGUGCUGUACUAGUUAAUGGACAUGUGAAACUUCUAGCCUUCAGCUUCCUUAUGCACGGAUUUUUUUCCUCCAGAAAGAAAAGGAGUGGUGCUUAAUAACUCAAAUAAAUGUAGAAAUACUUUUUUUGGUCUGAUUUUUCAAUACAGUGAAGUUGUUGUAAUGGCUUCUUGUUAAUGGAGGAGUCAGUGGAAUUCUUUUUCUCUUCCUGAUGCCUCUUUUUUGUGUCAGCAUUUGUUUUCCUGUGAUCCACACUGAGCCAGUUCAAGAGCUUUUUUUUUCUGCUGCUUUGAUGAUUUGGGCUGUUCUCUGUGAGGUUAGAUGUUUGGGGUCAAGAUGGUGGGAGGGAGAAGGAAGGAGAUUGGUCCUUUCAAAACAGGUACACACUGUUGAAUAGGCUUAGCUGCACUGCUAACUACACAGCUAUGAGUUGGUGAACCAGAGAUGCAGAAGACUGUUCAAAACCGGGAAAGGUUCCCCAAGAAAAAAAAAUCAAUUAUUUUUUUCAGUGUAAGAUUUCACUGGUGUACAGGGAUGAUGAGGGAUGAUGUUAUCACACAUACUUAGUGAUACUAGGAGGAGGGAAGAAAUGCUGAAUAUUUUCUGGUUUUGACAAUUUUUUCCACUUUGAAGAGACCUGAGAAUUCACAUAGAAAAGUUACUGCUAAAAGUUUUGUCCCAUCAGCACAAGUGGAACAAAUUUAAGUUGUAUGAGCCUUGCUAACCUGAGUAAAGUUUGGAGUGUUUCAACAUCAGCAUCUUUUGACAGAGGUUUUUUGGUAUUUGACUUCAACAAGAAAUAGUUCCUGACUGUUGAAUACUCAAGUUACUGUCUUAAGGAAAAUAUGAGAACUACUUUACUUCAAGGGACUUGGAUUGCUAAAAGCUGAAUAUUCAUAUCUAGACAAAUGUCACUAUUUCUUUUACUAUUUUGGAUUAACUUAUCAAAACCUUGCUUCUAUAUGUCUUCUUCUGUUUUCUUCUUUUUGGGUACUUUAGCAGUUUCACAAUGCACUGUCUGCGAAAUUUAGAUUUAAAAGCCCCUUGCCAUAAUGAUUCCUAUCCCAGACAAAUCUGAGGCACCAAAGAGCAAGUAACUUAAUAUUUAGGAAGAAGCUUCUUUACCUGUUUAGUCGAAGUUCCAUUUUGAAGUUGCUUUUUAUUGCAUAGAAGAAUUCGCACACUUUAUAUAUAUGUUCUUUAAAAAAGUUUUAGAUAAACUGUUCUUAUGUACAGAUAUUGAUUCACCUUUCCUAGCAGAAAAUGAGUUGGAGCAACAGCGUUUUGAUCUCUGUAGGUAGCGGUUACCUUGAUUUUCUUCCCCCCCCCCCCCAAAUAAUUGGUGGCUCUUUCACCAUGUAUUUACAUACUUCAGCUGAUUCUAAUGCAGUGAAAAUCUGAUGUGGACAUUUCUCUGAGUUUUCUGCAGUACUGAUUUUUAAAUGAAUAGUUUUAGGCAUUAAAAUUACCCUUUAGGAAUGUAUCUUACAAAAAGCCAUUUGAACUCAUUAUUCCUGCUAUUUUUGUUAAGGAAUUACACGUGGAUUUUCAGUGUCUGGUUUAUCCUUUUGCCAGGUGGAGAUCCAUAUGAUUUACUGAUAAGAGAGCAGUUCUUUUCUAUUCAGUUGCAGCAAAACCUUGGUUUAAAUUUCCUGAGUGUUUUUGUGUGCAUGAGAGUAUGGUGACUUAGAUGAGAAAUCUUUGGCAUGAGAACUGAUCAUUUGAUCUUACUAAAUCUAUUUGAAAGUUUUGACAAAAUUAACCUGUUCACAUCCUUAUUUAUUCUGUUUUCAGCCUAACACAUCCACCGUAGUUUAGCAUGAGAAAAGAAAGGAUUUCUCUAUGGAUCAUAGAAUUUUGAAGUAAAUGAGUUUGAGCUCAUAUAAAAUGAAAACAUCAGUGUACAGCUGGCAUAUUUUCCUGAAAACAUCUGUUCUAUACUGUCUGUUCUCCUUGAUAUAUUUUAAUAAAGUAUAUUUUAAUAUGAUGAAUGUGGACCUUUUAGUUCACAAAAAAAUUAUCCAGUCCAGACAUUUUACAGUAUUUCUCUUUUCAUAAUAAUCCUAAAACAUUCUUAUUAAUGGUAGUUUCAGUGUCCAGGAAUCUCUAAGCCAAGUACUACUACUAAAACUUUCUUUUUGUUAAUAUAAGGAGAUGCAUAAUGAUUGUGUUACCCAUUCUUUUGUGACAUUGUCCUUCCCCACAAGUGGGAAUUCAAGAAACAGAAGUCGAUGACCAGCUGGGCAUCUCAUCAAAUCAAUUUCCCUACCUAUUUCACAAGAAACUGUUUUGCCACACUGCAAAAGAGUGCAAAGGGGUAGGUCUUCAAGUAUCUUCCUCCAGAAGUCUGUUCUUAGUGAGACACUGAAGAGGCAGUGAAUUUCUUACUCCCAUCUAAGUAAGCAUUCCUUCCAACUUCCCUUUCUAGCAAAACUCCACUGAUAUGUCUUUUUGUCAGCUGCUUUGUUUGGACAGCUAUGAGGUAGAGAAAUGUUACUUUAAUACCUGGAUGACUUCAGUCUCCUGUGUGGUGUAUACUUUUUUGUUUAUUUAUUUUAUGGGGUUUUUUUAGUUCUCUGCAGCCCUUCUGUUCAGAAAGGGAAAAGGGAUGUGAUUUCAUUGGAAUUUUAAAGGGCAGUUAUUUAGAUACAGGGAACCAACAUAAGUGUUCUUCUGAAUUGUAGUGUUGGUGAUAACCGAUGUGUUACCAGUGAGAGUUUGUAAGCUGUUUGCAUAUCCUGUGUGCAUUUGCACUUGUCAUCUUAAUACUAAAUUAUAACUUCCUUCGCCUCUAAGAUCAGUUUGUAACACUUGAGAAACUUUGCUUUUUAUUUUGUAUUGUUUUGAAUCUCAUCCAUUCAGAGAUGCUGUAACGUUUCACCUGCCUGCACAAGUUUAUGUACAUCUUGAGAAUGAAGUGGAUGUUCAUGCAAAAUGAAGCAAGAUACUCUAGAUUGAUGACUAUAUUUUAAGUUGAGCUUGUGGGCUUUCUGAUGAACAAGCUGUCUUGAUUUUUGUGCCCUCAUAUGUGAAGCGUUACACUUUGAUCUUGAACUCUGAAUUUACCCAUCCUUUCUUUCCUGUUCUGAAAACAUCUGAAAUAAUCUCAGGUGUUAAAAAAAGAAAUUCUUGCUUUAUGUUUAGUUCAGGAAUAAAAAUUUCCAAACUCUAAGCAUUUAAAGCUAAACCUCCAUAUAGUUUGCUCAGUUUGAGAUAAGCUGUUACAUUUCAGCAAAAGAGUAAGAUAAAAGGUUGUUCAUCUUUCAUUAUGUAAUUGUAUAUCUGCUGUCAAAAAGCUGAAAUUUUAUUUUGCAAGCCUUAAUAUAUGCAACUCCUGUUCAGUGUUACCCACAAAUCUUACAAGUACUUGCAUCAAUUCAGUUUAGCAGUUAUGUAAAGUAGCAGGUGAAAGGACUGAGAUCUUUUUCCACAAAUACAGAAGUGUUAAAUUGGUUAAAAUUCAGAUGUUUGUGCUGUGUGACUGGAAUUCAUUGGAUGUUAAGCCUAUCUCUCAUCUGCUAGUUCUCUGGAAAACAUUGCUAAUAGAUUUUUACCGUAAUUUUCUCUUUUUUUUAAAAAAAGCCCUUAAAUUGGCUGCCAGUUUAUUUUCAACUGCUUAACUGGCUUGCAGCUUAAUUCUCAUGAGAUGCUUCAUGAGGUCUUGUGAGUGUGGUGCUUCAUCAGAAAAUGUGUAAAACUGUAUUUAAUUUCUUCAAGUUAAUGUAUCUUAAUUGCUAUUAACUUGAGCUGUAUUCCAUUCAACUUCAUAUUUUAUGAUAAUGCUUGGUCUUUGAGUUGUAUUGAUCUUUAAUUUCAAGAAUACAACAUGCAGAACAAUUCAGAGAAGUUUUUAGUUCCUGAAAUUUAUGCUUAUUUUAAAUGUUAAUAAAUAACUAUCAUAUCUGCUCUUUGGGUUCUUGGUGAGUAUUGAUGAUUUUUUUGAAAACUGAAAGUCAAAGGUGAAGAAAGGAAUACCUCUCCUGGGAAGCAGAUGAAAUGCUGGAACAUCAAAGAGAAAUGACAGCUGUAUCAGACAAAAGAUGUUAAACAGCCAAGAGUGUUGUGAGGUUGAUUCUUCACUCAUGCUUCAGUACAGCUUUUCCAAUGCUGGAAGAAUCUUUUGAGCAAAGAAUCAAAAUCAUGUUCACAUAGUCUAGUUGAACUGCUGAUAUGGUCUGCUUGAGAUUUGGUGGGUAGUUUUUGUUAUCUGUUGUUUUAUUUGUGUUUUAGGGUCUUUUUCCAUUUUAACCCAUAUGUAUCUCUUUCCAUUUUUAACAUUAUGAUUUUGCUCUUGACCUUACAUUGGUUUACAGUCUUAGAGAACUUACAUUUCAGCACAAGUCAUAUUUUCUUCAAAGAAGCCAUAUAUUUUGCAAGACUUUGAAGGUGCAUAGGCCAUUCUCCUGCCUCAAGUCAUCGUUGCUGUUUACUUGAUUUCCCCAGCUGGUUGGCUGGACUAGAUGAUCUCCUGCGGUGCCUUCUAACCCUUUAAGAUUCUGUGAUUUCAUAGUGAUUUCUUUUUUUUUCUGGUUUUGCUUAUUUUAAGUUGCCUAUCUGAAGAAGUUACUCAGUUACCAGUUUAUUUCUGUGCAUAAUUAAUGGUCUUUGGAUCAGGUCACACUGAUAAAGUUGCAUCAUUUUUUUAUCCUUGUACUCAAUUGUGUGUUUUCUUGUCAUUUAAUCAGUAAGUUCUACAUUAGAUUAGAAAAAUACUGAAGGUUUCCCACUCAAGCUGUGUUCUGAACGCUUCCAUUGCUUAACUCUCUUGCAAGUUCUAAUUAUCUUUCUCUGUGCCAAAUAUACGUUAAAGGUAUUUAGGACUUUUUAGGUAUACUAAAAAAGCCUCUGUUUAAGCACAGCUUAUUUCUUAGUGUCUAUCUUGAGCUCUAAAAGUAAGAUGGUGACUCUUGAAUAACUUGAAAUUUGUUCAGCAAGCCUACCUACUUUCUCUGCAACAGAAAAUUUGCUUGAAAGGACACUUUGACUUUCUACUGUCUUUUUCUUUUGAUGUUUUUAUCCCAUUACUUACACUUCAAUUAAUCAUACCUAUGGCAUGUAAAAGAACAAUGAGCUAUUGGUUUAUUCAGUUGGAACAACUGGGAGAGAUAAUGAGAAAUCUUUCAAGAAAAUGAGAAACAGAUGGAAUUGGGAGAUAUUUCCACCUGCAAGGAGCAAACACACCAACAAAGCCUAAGGUAAAAGGAGAUUGAGGAAACGCUGUCCAGAUGUACUCUUUUUUGCUAUGCGUUUGUUUGUUGGAUCAGUAAAGAGCUAAGUUUGUGCUGGGUGUGUUCUUUUGUUUUUUUAAA